AUGGAUUACAUCAACUACUGUAUCGUUUUAGAUCCAUAUAAGUGGCUAGGAUCUCAGCUGGGAUCCAUUAUGUCCUACUCAAAGAGCAUCAACUCUAGUCAUAGGGCUUAUGGCAGCUUCGGACCAAACUCGAAAGCUUCAGCACUUUUUGAUGCAGCCUUUUCAAAACCCUUACCAAAGAAACGCUUUCAAAAUCAGAGAUCUUCGAAUACAUCGGGUGACACUGCUGCGGUAGAUUCGUUACCAUCAGUGUCGGAAGGGGAACCAGCUCAUGGAUCGCCUAAACAAGUCUUUUCGCCACCCAUCAGUUUGCCAGAAAGCACAUCUACAGAUGGAACAACGGAAAAUGACAACGGUCUGUCGAGCAGCAGCAGUGAUGAAGACAGUCAACCAGUCCCAAACCAGGAAAGGAGUGCCGUAUCAGCCGCUUCCUCUACAUCUUCUUUGAACAGUGCUAUGCAAGCUACUGGGCUGCGCUCAUCGCGUUCGCCUCGUCCGCAUAGUGGAGCGGUGCGCACUUCUUCGUCUGCCUUCGAUUUUGACGAUAAAGACGACUCCCCUCCACCUUCGGUCAAGAGAAGCAAGAUGUCACCACCAUCUUCUUCUUCUUCCAAGUUUGCUGUACCCAAGGAGCGUCGCCCGGUAUAUCAGCACAAGUGGACAGAAAAUGAUGAGGAUGAAAAUGAAAACAGUAACGAAGCUGAUGCUGAGGAAACAGCUGCGCCAGCUGCAGUGGGGCCAUCAGCUGCAACUCAACGCUUACCCAUCUACAGAAGUAAUGAAGGCGCAAGAGUGCACAAAGUGAAAGAGGCCCAUCAAUGUCUUGAGUCUGGAGAGCACGAUGAUUUCAAGCAGGAUAUCGAGUACAUCCUCAGCACUAUGAAAGGGGAUUCAUCUGCCAAUAUCAAGUGCUUGAGUACCAUAUCGCUGGCUCGAAAAUGCGUUUCACCUGAGUUUCGACAAUUCAUCCGUAGCGAAGGUCUCGUCUCCAAUGUUUUCAAAGGUCUAGCGGAGGCUGCUAGUGAUCAGAAUUUUGCUUUAUGUGCUUCGACAGUGAUUUAUCUGAUGUCGAGAGAUUUCAUCUCUAUCCACGUCGAUGCACAUUCACUGAGGUUACUGUCGCAGUUGCUGCGUAUCGAAAAGUUGGACCAGAAUGAAGAGCAGAAGAAAUAUGCGGCUAUGGUGUGGGAAGUUUUUACCAGCUAUCUUGAACGUAUGGAGGCCGUGGGAAAGAAGAUCGUCUUUCAUCUGACUCAGGAUCAACUCACACCGUCCGGUCUAAUUCUGGAAGCCUUAGUGUUUAUACUCGCUCGUUCUACUGAUGAAAACUUGAAGACCGAACUUUUGAAUCUUGGCAUCCUUCAAUAUAUCGUUGGUAAAAUCGAGAAGAUCGUCCUGAGGCUCUUACACGAUAAACUCACAGAAGCCGAGACUCUACAGCAACUAGUUGUGCUAGAAAGAUGUUUUAGAAUUCUUGAAUCCUGCACCUUAUUCCACAAGAAGAACCAAGCGUUUUUGAUAUCUCAUCGUGGUAGUUUGUUAAUUCAAAUGUGUGGGAAAUUGAUGAGUAUUAUCCACGAUACAAUCAGCAAUUGUGCUGUCGGUUCGGAACUGGCAAGCUCUCAUAUAACAUGCCUAUCACUGAUGGCUCGGGUUCUUAUGAACCUUUCGCAUGAAAAUGAGCUGUGUUGCACUAAAUUAGGACAAGUCCCUGGCUUCCUGCCGCUGUGUCUAUCCUCCUACACAUUCUUAGCGCCAAAAUUUGCUCCUGAUGAUAAAAAGUUCGACCUUUAUGUAAUGAUGACGUCCUUAUGCGUGAAUUUGGUAGAGAGGUGCAAUUCUAACCGCCGUAAACUUAUCGACACAUCGGUAAAAGUCUACUCGGAAGAGAAUGGUGAAGUAACAGAACACAAAGCAUUGGAUGCUUUGUCAAUCCUUUUCACCAUCCAUGAAGCGAAAGCUCGAAAUAUCGAUGAGGAUUUGGACAAAGAUCUAGCUUUUGAGGAACCAGUAGAUGAAGAGAAUGGAGACACUGAUGAAGAAGUCAAAGACGAUGGUCGACUAGACAGGGCGAAGUUGAACGAGAUGAGCGAAAGUGAAAUGCUUCAAGCUGUCCAGGAUGCUAUGAGCAAAGCAUCCGCGCACAUGGAAGAUAGUGUAGUUGCUUCCUACGUCGCUCUUCUGAUUGGUUGCCUUCUGCAGCAAAAUGAGGGGCACGUUGCUGCUGUUCGUUCGCACCUUAAAGACGGAUCACUUUCUUCAAUGAUUGACCAGCUGCAGCGCUUCCUUGACUUCAUGAAAAUAGCAAGCAAAAAGAGCAACGGCUGUCGAUCAAUUGAACGUAUCAUUGACUUGCUGGACCGAUUAAAUUGAUUCUCCUGCAAUAACAUUCUUAACGUUUUUAACAUUUCUCAUGACAAGCAGUAAGUCCUUAUUUUUUUUUUGAAAAUUCUCUAGGCUAAAGAUUACUUCCUGUAUAUAACAUAAGAUCUUGUUCACAAUCAAUAUGGUUGUCAUGUACGUUGGCAGAGAUUUGUACUCUCCGGUUCACUAUAAUACGACUGGUUACCAAUGAAAUUCAUUAUUCCUUUCAAUCUCUUCUAGCUUUUUGCCUAAUUAUUUGCUUGUUCAUAUUGUAAUAUGCAUUAGCGUGUGUUAUCGUCACAAAGCACUUCGAUUGCAUUGUAUUUCAAGCGUCCAUGUACAAUUUCAGUUAUUUGUGAUUGUUAGACUGAUUUCUCGAGAUUAUAAAGAAUUCCAU